GUCAGCCUCAGCAGUCUCCACACCGGAGCGAGACACUGGUGCGGCGCUGAUCCCCACAUGCACGUGCAUGCUUUAGGAGCAUGCGUGCGGACCGAGAGACAGUGUGAGGAUGCAUGGUUGGCAGGUGUUGUCGUGAUCGGUGGAGUUUUCGGUGUACUAUCGUUGUGCUGUCUGCCUUCCCCGUCCUCCAAUUUGGUUAUCCUGUGAGGACAAAAAAGCAUCCUGCCGGGAUGUCCACCUCGCCUGGUGCAAAUGAUGGGAGCCAAAGGAACUCUUUGGAGCUGGAUGCAGAGCAUGCACAGAGAGUCCCGGGGGCAGAGCAAGGAGGGGUCCUGCCACCCCAGGUGAAGCUGAAAGAGAGGCAGAAGUUCUUUGAGGAGGCCUUUCAGCAGGACAUGGAGCAGUACCUGUCUGCCGGCUAUCUGCAGAUUGCUGAGAGGCGAGAACCAAUAGGCAGCAUGUCAUCCAUGGAGGUGAAUGUGGACAUGCUGGAGCAAAUGGAUCUGAUGGACAUGUCUGACCACGAGGCUCUGGAUGUAUUUCUGCACUCUGGAGGAGAGGACAACAGCGCUGCCUCACCUGUUGCAGGUCCAGAUGUUGAGUCCUUCACCACAGAGAUCAGCCUCCAAGUUCCCACCCAGGCUGAGCUACGACAUAAGCUCUCUUCCUUGUCAUCCACCUGCACUGACUCAGCCAGCCAGGACACAGAGGGUGGCGAGGAGGAUGAUGAUGAAGAGGAGGAGGAGAGUGAGCAGGGAGGAGGUGGCAUUGGAGGAUCAGGAGGAGGGGGAGGAGGAGGGAGGAGGAGAAGAACCCCUGUGGUAGUGACCCUGGAUGAAGAAGAGGUGCAACCUGACACGGCACUGGUGGACAGGGUGGAUCAAGAAGACCAGACCAGCAAAGACUGUGAGGAAAGCAGGCCAAAGGUUUGA